AAUGCACUUAACUUCAAUUCACACAACAUGCAAGUAAAGUGCUAUAAAAUGUUAUCGACGUCGCGACGCUUAUACGUAAAACGCAUUAUGUAAAUCAUAUAUAAAAAUACGACGCCCACUGCCAACAGGUUGGAGAGUUAUGUGUUUACAAAAUUUUAAUUUCCGAGACAUCUUCCGCUUUUGAAAACUUUAUUUUUACAAAAACAGGCGCAGUGCGCUAAAAUCAGCCAACGAAGCCAUAAAAUUCCUUCCAACGUGAGGGUAUUUUAUUUGUUUAGCUAAUGGGUUUUUACUAUCAAAAUGAGUGUUUUUAUCACUUGUUAUCAAGGGGAAUCAUUAUACUUGCUAAAACACAACGUUCAAUUUUUGGUGGCGUUAAUAUUGCCGGAACAAAAUUAGAAUAACUGUUCGAACUGAUAACCUUUCAACAUCAUUCCACAACAAAAUUCUUUAUCAAAAGCUUUUUCCCGAGAGUUGAACUUUGUAAAAUGUCUCUAUUCAGUGUCGCUCGGCGCGCGUACGUAUAUGCCUCCAACAGCCGAAAUAAUUAACAGCACCGCGGACGGUAACCGUCGCGAUAAUUCAAUGAGUUUGUAUGUCGUAAUGGCCAGAUGGAUUUUCACCGCCGUUUUGGCGUUAAUCUUGACAAUUUUAAUCAUUUUAUUAAUACAUAGGAAGUUCAAUUUCACGGGCUGGUUCAACACAGGAAAUUAGCGGGCGACACUAUUCAUUCUGUAAUCAUGCGAGAGAAAAAGCGAGACUUGAUAUUCAUGCAGCGCUUAGGGACGCCUGCUGCCAGGGAGAUGUGACCACUGUUUCUUCACUUUUGGCCUCUUUGUCCAAAGAUGCCGAACUUAUUGUUAACAUGGCUCCGAGCGGAGCGAGUACUUUACUAUUUACAGCUUGCCAGACGGGGUGCAAAGAUAUCGUCAAGGUACUGCUAGACCACGGGGCCGAUGGCCGGUACCACCCUGUCACCAAAUAUUCGCCGCUUUACAUUGCCUGCCACUAUGGACAUAGAGAUAUUGUAGAGAUGCUGCUUUUGCGAUUUCCCGAACUCAUACAGCAACACACUGUGGAACGAUGGCUCCCGAUCCACGCCAGCGCCAUCAAUGGUCACGUGGACGUGUUGGAACUACUUUUCCACUUUCCGUACCCUUCGCACGUUUUGCGCAAAUUUAGAGAUGGCAGCGAACAGUGGGAAUAUUUUAUGCCUUUUGACAUCAAUGAGCGAGACGCCACUGGCCAAAAUAUUUUAUACAUGGCUUGUUUAGUAGGAAAUAAGAAACUUUUAGAUGUGAUAUUAAAAUUUAAAGUUAAAGCUACUAGAAUCCAAGCGGACGAUGAGGUAACGCCUGUUUCUGAAAGUAGUGUGGUUUUGAGUCCUACCAAGCGUCGCAUUUCGGAUGGAAUUCAGUCAAUUUUGUCCAAAUUAAAUCUAUCGAGGGAUAAUUCAAGCGAAAGCGAUGUUGACCCGAAUAGUUCUAUGAUUUGCCCGUUACGGAUUGAUAUGUAUUGUAAUAAUAACACGGAGACGGCCCUCCAUGCUGCUAUUAAAGGCAAGCACUACGAUAUAGCACUGGCUUUGUUGAAUGCUGGGGCGAAUUCAAACGCUGUGAUUAAAGCCUAUCACGACUUGGAAAAUUUGAGUUGUUGUUCCGUUGAGGAAGACUCAAACUACGGUCAAUCGACCGGUUUAGUCGAAGCUUGUCGCAACCGUGACGUUCCUAUAGUCGAUCUUUUACUCAAAUACGGCGCCCGAGACGACGAAUGUAAAGCCCUAUCGGUGGCUGUACAAAACAAAGACGAGACACUAACAGCCAAACUCUUAUCGACAAAAGCCCACCCGGACCCUGAGUUCAAAAUCAACAAAAAAGCAAUGACGGAAAACGUGAACUCGUCCCAAUUUACAAUUUUCUCAAACGUUACCAACUUGACCUACAGCGCCCUUUUUCCCAACACACCGACCAUGAUCAACUGGCACAACCAACGGUGCAACCUCACCCAAAUACGCACCCAGUGGUUGACCGACGCAGCUUUGCACCUCAACCAGAAACUCAAACAAAAUCCCCGAAGCUACGACAUCGCCUUAUACGCAAUUACACGUCUCGAUGUCUCUAACAACAACCUAACGUCCAUACCACUGGCUGUGUUUCAAUUGUAUAGUCUGAGGUACUUGAAUAUUGGGCAAAACAAAAUCGAGAAAUUACCAACUCCGGUUGCCUCGCCCACCAAGAAAGGUGUGCGCAAAAAAAACGCUAACGAAGAAUUGAAUUAUUCGUGCCCCGUCUUGGAGGAGUUAUACUUGCAAGACAACCGACUUGAUCACAUCCCGGACGCUAUAUUUCGGUUACCAUCGUUGGUAACUCUAGUCGUGUCCAAUAAUAAGUUGCAGCAAUUGUCGUAUAAUAUGUGGCUAGCCCCGAAAUUGAAGGAAUUGAACGCUUCGUUCAACUUGCUUAAAGAACUACCAACUAACAUGUCCGAGACGCAAGAGGAGUGCGAUAAAAUGAGCGUAAGCUCGAGCGAUAGCCAGUUGUCCAGUCAUUGUGACCACGACUCGGAGAGCGAGGUCCGAUGCGACUUUGACUUGGACUCCAAGUAUCUCUCAAGCGACGAAAACAGCCAAUGCGUCAAGUACAGGAAAAAAGAGCGCUCUUUUAUUCAAUUUGACCUGGCUAAGCACCACAUCUGGAGCAAGAACGUCGAAGUGACCGAGCAAAUUCUCCACACUGACGAGACCGUGACUGAGCAGUCGUCCAAACUGUCGGCCCUCAACUUGGCCCACAACCUUUUUACAUCAAUUCCAGUGGUGUUACCGUGCCUGGCGGUCAAUUUGACUCGUUUGAACAUGGCUUUUAACUCGCUGAGGUCGAUGUCGCACAUCACCAGCUACCCCAGUUCUUUGAAACAGCUGGAUUUGAGUCACAAUCAGAUCACUUGUUGGCCAAGUUUGCCGCAAGUCGAGGCGCAGGAUGUGAUGGAGUUGGCGAACAUUGCGUGCUACGCGAGCAGUGUGGGGUCGAGGGAGAAGGUUUCGGGGAUUGCUGCCCGUAGACAGCCGGGCCGGUCGGUCCGGAACACGGUUCUGCAUUCGGUGUGUUCGCACCGAAGACACUUGAAGUUGGAUAGCUUGCGGACGCUGAUUUUGGCCGAUAAUCAGUUGAGCCGGAUUCAGUUAAGUACGGAUGAUGAUGGGGAUGUUAGUGCUGUCGAGGAGGAUGAUCUCGAACGUCGCAAAGAAAUUAAUACGCAUUUUGAAGAUGACUUUAUUUGUGUAUCUUUUUCCAAGGUUGUGGGGAAUCCGGCGGCGGGGAAGGCACGGUUGAUGUUCCCCAAUUUAUCAAUGCUUGAUGUUAGUAACAAUAAUUUGAAAGAAAUUCCUAUAAAUAUCAACGAACUCAGUAACUUGUCCGUCCUAAAUAUAAGUGGGAAUCUAGACGUUAAUGAACUCCCACCACAAAUGGGUCUACUAUCGCGCUUAUGGAAUCUCAACACGCGCGGUUGUUCUUUACAAGAUCCGUUAAAAUCGAUGAUUGAUAGUAAAAAGUACAAAACAAUGGAUAUUGUGGGUUAUUUGAAAUCGGUGCUUGAGGAUGCGAGACCUUACGCUCGCAUGAAAUUAAUGAUAGUGGGAGUGCAAGGAAUUGGGAAAACGAGCUUGUUGGAACAGUUGCGACAGGAAGGGAUAACGAGGAAACGGCCAGAGCACUGGGCCAAACGCAUGGGAAACAAAAAUAUUAACGUAAAAACCUCUCGAGGCACAAAUAUGUCAACAGUUGGGGUAGAUAUCGGCGAUUGGGUGUAUGAAAAAAAAGUCCGUAAUCAAUCAUCACACGGUCCUGUAAUUUUCAGAACGUGGGAUUUUGGUGGACAAAAAGAAUAUUACGCCACCCAUCAGUACUUUUUAUCAAAACGAAGCUUAUAUUUGGUCGUUUGGCGAAUAACCGACGGCCAUCGCGGCAUCAACGAGAUUUUGCAAUGGCUUGUUAACAUCCAAGCCCGGGCACCAAACUCUCCUGUAAUCAUAGUCGGCACACACUACGACGUGGUGCAAGAAUGUAACCCUAACAUCUCGGAAGAGUACCAGCAAUUAAUUCGCGACAAGUUUAUCAAUAUUGUUGAUGCGGAAAAAUGCGGCUUGCCUCGAGUUCUGGACACGAUUGAAAUCAGCUGCAGGACUAGACACAACGUGAAGUUGCUGUGUAAUUUAAUCUACGACACCGUGUUCAGUUUACGGCCACCAGGAAGCAAGGAAUUGUUGUUGGAACAAAAAGUACCGGCCACGUACUUGGCAUUAGAGGAUGUGGUUAAUCACAUCGCGGCCGAACGGCGGGUCAAUGGGCUUGACCCGGUCCUGAAUGCCGAACAGUACCGGACUAUUGUAACGACGGAAAUGCAGCAACGGUUCAAUCGGGUGUUCAGGGACUGGGCUGAGCUCCACCAAGCCACCUUAUUUUUGCACGAUAAUGGUGUUUUGCUGCAUUACGACGAUGCAACUUUGAAAGAUCUCUACUUUUUGGACCCCCAGUGGCUGUGCGAUAUGUUAGCACAUGUUGUUACCAUUCGUGAGAUUAAUCCUUUUGCGCGCUCCGGUGUCAUGAAACUUGACGAUCUCAAGCACAUUUUUAAAGCUAGUAGUAUCGGACCAAUGGAUGCGCGUGGUUAUAUCGUCAAUUUGUUGAAUAAAUUCGAAGUUGCGCUAACUUGGGAUUCCCGCACUUUGUUAAUCCCGUCACUUCUACCCUCGGAAGAGGAUAUUCUCCUAGCGCAGUUAUACCCCGGCCAAUUUCACCCUUUAGUCAAGGUUAAAGUGCCGCUAAGGUCACGCGGAUGGGCAAUCAGGAAUAAAAAAAUAACUGUUUCGCCAAAAUCGGUCUUGUACCGGGAUACGGGCGCCCAGGGCAAGUUUCAAAUGAGUUUGCCUUCGACUUCGUCUUCGAAAAGUGAAGAAAUUGAAGAGGAGGCAAAGUAUCAAGUGACGAGUUCGUCAACUGACCAAUCAAUCACCCGACUGCUUUUAAUGUCGUACUUCCCGUCAGGGUUUUGGUCACGACUUAUUUCACGAAUUUUGGCCGACGACACUAUUAUUGAUAUUAUACGAUCAUUUUUUAUUCUCCCGAAAGAGGUGGCGCAGGAUUUAGAUCUGGUCAAGUUGCUAGAUUUGAAGGCUGAAUGGGUGCUUUGGCAAACCGGCCUUCAGCUGAAAUACGGCGAUAUUACGUUAUUCCGAAUGAGGGAAAUUUUGCACAACUCUUCGUCCUACUACCGACAGUUGAAAUUUCGUUUGAAACAAGACGGAGUUUGGUGCGACGUCGACCUCCAGAACUCCUCAAUCCUCGAAAUCCACUUCCCGGUGGAUUCUUUGGUCAUAAAACCGGUCACUAGCGCGACCACAGAUUUGAGCAAAUACACUUUAAAGACUGAUCUUGUAAUUAACUGUACUCCGGAAUCGACAGCCCAACUUUUGGCUUUAGCCGUCGAUCACGUCGAUAUACUUUUAGAGGAUUGGUACCCGACUCUCGGUACUCGCUUCGUACAUACGUCGGAGGGCAAGUUUUUAGUUACUCGGCUUGUGCCUUGUCCUCGCUGCUUGCAGCAGUCGAGCGAUAUUGACCCGAAUUUUCCCAACACACCUGACGUUGCACCAAAUAAAAAUUUUCUCGAAGCUGUGAACCAAAUGGACGCCGAAGGCGACCGUUACCGCAUUCGCAAAUCGCAAGAAUCGUACACUUCAGAGUGUGACAGUGGUGUCGGGCCGGACUCGACCGGCUCGAGCCGCAUGCCCUCGAUGGAAGGCCAUCCAGGGGUUCAGACCGAAGAUGUUAACGCUAAUAACCAGCUGUACUACUCCUGGAUGGUCGAGGAGUGCAUUCUGGCGUCGUAUGGCACGAAGUGUGUCGUGUGUCCCGCCCACGGUGACGUGUCCUUGGCCCGGAUAGCGCCUGAUACGAUUUUUUUGGACUUGGGCGAGCGUUACAUCAUCCGUUCAGAGAACGUAAAACGCGGCCGGUUAUUAGGCCGUGGUGCGUUUGGUUUCGUGUUCAAAGGCACGUGCAAGGUAAGAGGUAGCAACACAAUGAUCGACGUUGCAAUGAAAAUGUUGCAACCGGUGCCGCCCGGCCCCAAUGCCCGCCAAUCGGCGAUUGUGGCCUACAAAGCGGCCCAAGGCAAAUGGGACCGCGAUCCCCUCCAAUACGCUUGUAAAGCCUACUGUACCGCCCGGCAAGAGCUCAACAUUUUGCUGUCUUUGAGACACCCGAACAUUGUUCCCUUUGUUGGCGUUUGCACCAGUCCGCUAGCCAUAGUCCUGGACCUUGCACCACAAGGUGCCUUGGACCUGGUCUUGAGGCAUUAUAGACGCUCUGGCGCGAAAGUGGGGCCUUAUACGUUACAAGCGAUCAUUUUACAAGUUGCCAAAGCAAUCGAGUAUUUGCACCGCCAACACAUCAUUUACCGCGAUUUAAAGUCGGAAAAUGUGCUGGUUUGGGAAAUGCCGCCGCCUUUUGUCGACCACCCCGACCAUCCGGUGCACAUCAAAGUGGCCGAUUAUGGCAUAAGUCGGCUCACUUUGCCGUCGGGUGCGAAGGGUUUUGGGGGUACUGAGGGUUUCAUGGCUCCCGAAAUUAUGCGGUACAACGGGGAGGAGGAAUAUACCGAGAAAGUUGAUUGUUUCUCAUUCGGAAUGUUUAUUUAUGAAUUAUUGACGUUGCAUCAACCGUUUGAGGGUCACGAGUCGGUCAAGGAGUGUAUUCUCGAAGGUGGGCGUCCGCCGUUGACUUACAGGGAGACGUUAUAUCCGAGUUAUUUCCUAGAUUUGAUGGUCUUGUGUUGGUCACAACAACCGAAAGAUCGGCCAUCAGCCAGUCAAAUUGUCUCCAUAGCUAGCGCCCCCGAAUUUACCCACUUGAGCGAUGUUACCUCGCUUAAGCACGAGGCUUCGGUUGUGGCGACUGCCAGCGCAGCAGUGACCCAUAUAACAGAUGAUGGUUUGUCGGGUUCUGAAAUGUGGCUAAUGUGUUCCAAUUCUCGAAUUGACUUGUUGCUGGCGGCUGACCGCGGGUGGCUCCAAUACCACACCAUGGCCUUGCCUAUCCGUGCCACAGCGGCUUGUACCGUCGCAAAUGCUGUGUGGAUCGGCGACUAUUCCGGCAAUCUUCACGCCUAUUCGGCCAGUGACGGCUACCGCCUCUUCUCAUACGCCCUCGAAACCGAGCCAAACACACAAGUUGAGGCACUGUUGUAUCUUCCACCGUUGAAAAGGGUUGCUUGUGCCCUUUCUAACGGCCGGCUGUUUCUAGUCAACUCUGAAGCGGUGCCUACGACACCGACAGCCGCUGAGGGGACGUUUGUAAUGACAGAGCUCGGUUCCAAUUCGGUUAUUAAUUGUUUGUGUGCGAUUUUUAAAGACGGUGGAGCGGUUUGUGAAUUGUGGUGUGGUGAAUCCAAUGGUCAAAUCUCCAUUUUUAUAAUUAAAGACCACGUUGUUGCCGGUCGCGAAACCAUGAACCACUACCAGCCCAUUAUUGAGCAAGUAAAUGUUAUGAAUUUGAUAGCUGCCGAUAACCACGUCUGGUCUUACGUGCGCCCUGGCUGUAUUAUUUACCAAUGGGACCAAAAAAAUCGGACUAUUAUCAAUAAACUUGAUUGUUCGAAACUUGUACCGUGUUCCGAAAGUCUUAAAAGUAUUGCGAUUGAAGAGCAUUUAAGUCCGACGAAUUGUCAAGUUACUAGUUUGGCUGUGUUGAACGAAGAACUGUACAUUGGGACAACCUGGGGUUGUGUUAUAAUAGCAGAGCGAGCUACGCUAAGGCCGAUUACGAUUUUCAGGCCGUAUGAAGAAGAAGUGAAAGCGAUAGUACCGUUAGCAAUGUGUAAAAGUAUUAACGAAAGUCAUGAUAAUACGCCGUUGAUUGCCACGAUUGGUCGAGGUUACAGAAAUCUGUUGUCUCGGUAUACAGACGUUCCAGUCAGCACUGGACACUCUUUACAGAGUCCGAUGUCGAAUGCUCCAGUGGUGGCCAAUAAGCAAAAUAUGUUCGUUUUGUUGUGGCGAGCUGAACACUGGAAUGCUGUCUAAAUGCUUUUUCAUUCCAUGGAUCUUGAGUGAUAAUUUAAUACCUAAGUAAUAAGUUGUAACUGUCUUUUUGUGAUUUUUAUUACAAAUUAGGUUUUAUUUUGUAUUUUUAUUUAUAUUUUAAGCUGUGAUUCUCUCAGUCAUUUUAACUUGUUACAAAAACUUUUAUUGAAUAAAAUGUUACGAUGUU